AUGACUGAGCUGUCAGGCGAUACAAAUGUGUUCGCUCAGCUUCGAGAAGCCUCAGAGCAGAUCAGCAAAAGUUUUCAACUCAUUAUGAAUCUUGCGCCUGACAUCGGUCUAUAUACGAUGUUAGUUGAGUCGCAAAAUGAUCCGUUCAUGAAAAACAUCAUCAGCACUCCUGAUGGUGUCAGUCUGGGAGACGAUGAUAUCAAAUUUGCUGUUUAUGCAAAGGAGCUCUACGCGCAGGGAAAGAUCGACAUAGUAAAGUCUCUUAUCGAUCGGAACCUGGAAAAAGUGCUGGCUGAACUGAAUCAUUCCAGGAAGCCACCGCCGUCAUUCGCUUCUGCUUCUUAUGUUUCAAAAAAUUACUUGAUUGGAACUGAUUCCCGAACAUCGGAUAUUUCGCCAAUUUCACCACCAGCGUCAACUAAUGUCGAACCAUUUGAAACAAAUGACCACGACGACAGCUCUCUCCGGAAAGGUCAUACUGCUGACAGUAAUGACAAUGCUGGUAGUAUGACCAGUCCCUAUUCAGUUGCCAUCGAUGAGAAGAAUGAAGAUGCGUUUGUUGAUAAAGAGAAUGCUGUGGAUUUGGACGACAUAUCCGAAGAAUACACCCAAGUAGCGAAGCUAUCUGCUCCCAUGGAAGGCGAUGGGGAGUAUAUUUAUUGUAGUGAUUCGAUUCACAAGAGAAACAGGAACUUUCCAGUGUUUCAGGAAAACAGUCCCCCUAAGUUACCCGUGCUUCAUUUGCCUGAACUGAUUGCUAAGGUAUUUACACAUCAGUCUGUUUUGAACUAUUUGAAUAUACCAGAGGAAUCCAAGGUGAACUCGCAUAACGAACGCUUAGAGUUUUUAGGCGACGCAUUUUUACAGUUUGUCGUUUCAAUGAUCAUUUAUGAAAAGUUCCCUCACUUCAAUGAAGGCCAAAUGUCCAUUUUGAGGUCUAACAUUGUUUCCAACAGUAGAUUACUGAAACUUUCACAGAUAUACGGCUUUGAUAAGCAGUUGAAAAAAAAUUUCAAUGACUCCUCUAUUUUAACAGGGAACAAUAAGAUAUACGCUGAUGUUUUUGAGGCUUAUUUGGGAGCAAUUGCUGAGCAGUAUAUGAUGGAAAGCAAAGACGGUGAAACCAAUGUAAACGACUUUGUCAAAGGAUGGUUUGAAGCGAAGAACUGGCUGGAGGCUUUAUGUGAAGAACAACUUCAAACGUUUGACCCAUCGAUAGUGUACAAGAUGCAGUAUUCCAAGUCUUCCAAGCAGGACUUGAGGUUGUUACUGGGGAAACUCAAUGCACCAGAUUAUGUGAGAUGCAACAUCGGGAACAGAAAAAUUCUCUCUUGCGUUAAAAUUUCUAAGAAAGUGUAUGGUUACGGAAUUGGAACCAGUAACAAGGAGGCUGAUUCCAGGGCUGCUACUGAUGCUAUGUGUAACCCAGGGAUCUGCAAAAUUUGUCCGGAGGAUUUAUGGAAAAAGUUUGAGGACGGUGUUGGUCUUGAUGAAUCGGGAGGAUUGAAAUUUGAACAAUAUCCCACUAAGGUGUCAUUGAAGGAACUAGAUAUACUACGAAGAGAGAUAGCGAUCAAAUACAAGGUUGGUGACAUCAAGUUGUUAGUGUCCAAGAACAAUCCUUACAGUCUGUUGAUUGAUGAUAAAGAGCGGGAUACUGUCAUACAGGAGAUAAACUCCAUGCAUUCUAUUAAUAACACCAAUGGCGAGAUCGGGGAAAUGUGCCCUGACAACGAUACAGAAAGUGAUAAGAUUUCGUCCAUGGAGAAGCAGACGAAAUGUUCCAACUCCAUGCAUAGUCAUUACGGUAAAGAGUUCACCAUGGGCAGAGGGGGUAUCUUUGGAGAGGAAUACAAGAGGAUUGCCAAAGGCUCAAGAAAACGCCGUGCUGGAAUUCACAGGAACGCAAGCUAUUUGAUCAUGGAGGAGGGUGAAGGAGGUAGUGGCAGCCAGAGCAUCACGAGAGAGAUUAUGUGCCACGAGGUGUUGGUGAAAUGCAAUGAUAUCGAGAUGGACAGCAAGAAUCGGAUGAAUGCGGUGUUUGCCAAGCGUGGAGGCGUGCCCGGGUACAUUACGUACCGAACUGUCGACGACGAGUUUCUAUGCGAGUUGUGGUUCAGCGAUCGUCAAAUAGUAAGCUAUGGUCUGGAUCGGAACAAGAAAAAUGCCUCACAAAAAGCUGCAAUGCUUGCCUUAAAACGAGAGGAGUACUACGGUCGCUUGAGCGAGGAGGAGGAGGAGGAGGAGGAGGAGGAGGAGGAGGAGGAGGAGGAGAGAGACGAAGUGAGAGAACAACGGAGAAGGCGGCAGGACGAGGAGGAGCAUGGCAACAAGGCUGAGAAGAAUAAGCCUUCCAAUAGGAGCAGAAGAUCCGACGCUGAUGAAAGCUCCGAAGACUACGAAAGCGAUGACGAGGAAGAGCACGGGAGGGAGAGGGAGAGGGAGAGAGAAAGGAGGCGGAGAAGCAGACAAUACCGCAGAGACGCUUCGUCUUCCUCCUUGUCUUCAUCAUCGCCCCCGCCCCCACCCCGGCUAUCGUCGUUGUCGGUAUCAUCCUACUUGUCGUCAUCCGAUUGA